CAAGAUGUCCCCAUCUCUCUAGAGAGAAUCUGAGGUUGUAGAACUCUGUUCUUUCCCAUUUGCUUUUUUUCUAUUUCUCUGAGUCUUCAUCUGGUCCUUGUUUUUUAUCUGCUAGAUGAACUUCCAGGGGGUUUAAGUAGAGCUUUUCUCAUUUUCCCUUACGGGAAUCUUCCAAGAACAUUUCUGCACCAAAGUCUCUGCAAUAUCUGUGCCUUAUAUAGUUUCAAGUCAGCUCAGGUGUAUCAAUAAAAGCUCAUAACAGCAAUAACAACCAUGACAAGUGCUGUUUCCUGGGAAUUCAUGACCAGUUGGUGUCCCUUCAGUGAGUCACUGAUGUGUUGGCUUGCUGAGGUUUAUGAAACAAACUUCAUCUAAGAUCAAACAUCCUACAAUAGAAGACAUCAGAACCAGAAGGAAGUUACUCACAAGAUCACAAUAUUUAUUCCUGGGAAACCAGAGGAACAAAAACUCUGGUUUCUUUUUUCUUGAAAAUGUUGCCCAUUUGAGAAUUUUGUGCACAUAUACAGGUUUUUCCAAGAUCCGUCUCUGGCCAAGAAAGGAUCAAUGGUACUCUACAUGCAAGAGAGACCACAAGCUCAUGGAAACACUGAACAUAACACACAGCUAGAAAAUUAUAUUAAGCUGGCCUGAGCAAUCAUGUUUUCUUACUCAUCCUACGUACUCACAGCUGUAGCUGCUUUGAUAGUGACUUGCCACGCAUUGAGUAAAUUUCCAGAAAUUUCUGGGCUACCUGAUAUCCCUGGAAAAGAUGGUCUGAAAGGACUACCACGUGUACUGGGUCUACCAGGUUCUCUGGACACUGGAUGCCACAAUCUUUCAGUAAAUUUGGAACACCGACUUUUCCAACUUGAAGCUGCACUUGCUUUGAAUGGGAAAAUAAGAGAAGUCGGAGAGAAAGUGUUUGCUACCAAUGGAAAGAAAGCCAAUUUUGCAUCUGCACUACGAUCCUGUGAAGAGGCUGGAGGAACUCUUGCAACUCCCAUGAAUGAGGAGGAGAAUAAAGCUAUUAUGGAUAUUGUGAACCAGUAUAAGCAAUAUGCUUACUUGGGCAUUAAAGAGUGUGAGGCUUCAGGCCAGUUUACAUAAACUGGCAUGCCCCUGAGUUACAGCAAGUGGCACCAAUAUGAGCCUAAUGGCAAAGGGAAGGAAAAAUGUGUAGAGAUGUACAAGGAUGGGAGCUGGAAUGACAAAAAGUGCAACGUGUAUCGUCUCACAAUCUGUGAAUUUUAAAGAAUGGCCUUUCAGCCACUUCAGAGUGUGGAGAUAAUGAAAUACGCUGUAUCUUAGGUUUAUAAAAUUUCUGCAAAUUUUCUGUAUCUUAAAAUCUAAAAUGAAUCAUAUUAGGUAAUUUUUUAUCCUUAAGAAAAUGCUAAAUGUGGUAGGUGAUUAACAUAAUUAAAAUGUCCUUAAUCUGA